AUGCAAGGGUUUGCCCUGGAGCAGAAAGCAAUCACCGAGAAGGUGGAGAAGCUUGAGCUGGUUUCGAUUGCCAAUAAUGGCAAUAGUCAAGAGGGUAACUCCAACCAUGGUCCUGGUGGUUCUAGGGGUGGUGGCGAUCCCAUAAAGAAGGAAACUAAUGGUGGUGUAGUCAUCAACAAUGGUGGUGGUCUUGGUUUUGCUGCAGGCAGUGGCCCAGGUCAUAUGACGGUGAAUGUAAUUUCGGAGGAUAAAAGUAAAAUCGGGGUGACGGAUGUGGAUCAGUUGAGGACCCCAAUGUCUGUGGUCAAGAGUCAUUUGUUAAAGAAUGGGGUUUUUCCUGGUUGUGAUAAUUAUUGUGCUGCUUGUACUGUAACUGCAAAUGGGUGUGUAAUGUUGAGGGAGACGGUUCGGAAAAUGAAGGAUGAGGGAAGUCUCCGAUUCGAGAAAGUUGCUUUGGAGAAUGAGGAUAUUUCAACGAUAACCAUCUACUUCGAUCCUGUCCACUUGUCAGUGUCGGCAGAUGUGGUUCCAAUUACCAUCACGGUACCUGGACCUAUUCCGUAUAAAAGUGAUGGUGCGGUGCCAUGGGACUAUGGUGGUGAUGUGUAUUGCAAUGGGAAAAAGAAGGAAGAUCGGGUUGCAUUUGAUACCACCGUUUCAAAGGUAGACAAUGUCGGGCUUAGUGGUUUCACUCGCAGCGGGAGGUUGUUUGCACCUAACACAUUGAGAGGUGGUGAUGUCGAAAAAGAACAGAGAGAUAAGGCCGAGCAGACUCCGUCCAAAAUUUCGAUCUUAUCUUUGUUGUUAAGUUCAGAAGGUCGUAGAGAUGCUUUGUUGAAGAUCUUAAAGAAGGCCUACGUCCCGCAGGAGAUUACAGUCAAUCAAUUAGAGACAGUGGUAUCAAGUGGUAAUGCUAGCCAUGGGUUGGGUUUCACUGAUCUCGAUCUUACUAUGGAUGGGCGCAAUCACAAUAAGGCACUACACAUUUUGAUGGAGUGUAAAGGAGAUGUGCUUUCGCAUGUUUUGGUUGAUACAGGCUCGUCACUCAUUGUGUUGCCUAAGAAGGCCUUGGCUAAAUUAGACUGCGAGGGAUUGAUUUUGAGGCCUACUGAUAUGGUGGUUACAGCGUUUGAUGGCUCUAAAAGGGCUGUGUUCGGGGAAGUUGAGCUCCCCGUAAAGAUUGGUCCUGAGAUGUUCAAAUCUGUGUUUUAUGUCAUGGACAUUCAGCCGGCGUACAACUGUUUGUUGGGUCGUCCAUGGAUACAUGCUACUGGGGCAGUAACAUCGACUCUACAUCAGAAGUUAAAGUAUGUCUUGGACGGGAAAGUCGUGACAGUCUGCGGUGAGGAAGAUAUUUUUGUCAGCCAGUUGUCUUCAUUUAAGUACGUCGAAAUGGACGGUGAAAUAUUCGAAACACCAAGCCAGGCGUUUGAAACCGUCAAGGUGGAGAAUGCCGUUUUCACUGAGAGAGAGAAGAAGUCGUUCAUUGCUUCUUAUAAACAGGCUGUGGAGGUGGUGAAAAGUGGAGAGGCCCCAGGUUGGGGAAGAGUGUUAGAUGUUGCGGUGAAGGAGGAUAAGUUCGGGAUUGGUUAUCAGUCAGGCCAUGGCUCGUCUGGACAGAAUAAAGGUCGUCGCCAACCGUUCAUAUUCACCAGUGCUGGAAGGCUAGAUCCAGACCGUAUUUGUGUUGUGGGUGAAGAGACUGACAGUUGUGGUGCGAAGCGUUUCUUUUGA